CCAUCCACAUGACGCACAAACCUAUCCUAUCCUAAACAUGCCUUAUAUGUAUGGUUUUAUCAUGCACAAUAGCUAUCUUAACCCAUCACCGUUCUUGUGCGGUUUCUACGCUCAGUUAAUCAAAACAUGUCAUAUCCAUUUAAAAUGGAAAAAUUAAAAAACAGAACAAAUUUUCAUAAACCAACAAACAGAAGCUGUAGUCAAGCAAUGCAAGCCCCAAUAUAUAGGGAACCUAAGAUUCUUGGCCAUGAGCUGUAGCUGCUACAUCUUUCUGCCUAAAAAGAAACAGAAGCAGCAUUCAUCUUAUGGCUAUUAAGCUUGUUCAACCAGCUCCUCAUGUGAUUCGUCCCGUACCCAGAAUCUCAAAGAUUAUAACAAGUCACAAAUCAUUCCUACCCAUUCAUCCAUGGAUCAAGAACCCAAGAUUUGAUGAUGGGUUCAUGCCCAUUCAUAUCACCAAAGUUGCAGAACAAAGCUCUGGGUUAGUUGGGGACAACAAGGAGAUUGAACAAACUGAAAAAUAUAGCAGCACUGUUUCACAGAUCAAAGAACACCUUUACCAGGCAGUACAAGGAAUUAACAGAGGGAUUUUUGGAGUUCCUUCUGCAAAGAAAUCUGAAAUUCGUGGUUUAGUGGAGAUAUUAGAGUCUCACAAUCCAACCCCAGACCCUACUCUAAAUCUAGAUAAGGUGGAUGGUUGCUGGAAACUUCUGUACAGUACAAUUACCAUCUUGGGUUCAAAGAGAACAAAGCUAGGACUCAGAGAUUUUAUCAGUUUGGGGGACUUCUUUCAGAAUAUUGAUGUUUCCAAGGCCAAAGCGAUUAAUGUGAUCAAGUUCAACGUUAGAGGAUUGAGUUUUUUGAAUGGACAGCUGACAAUUGAAGCUUCUUUCAAGCCCUAUUCUAAAUCAAGAGUUGAUAUACGUUAUGACAAUUCAACCAUCACUCCUAAUCAGUUGAUGAAAAUGUUUCAGAAGAACUAUGAUCUUCUCCUAGAUAUCUUCAACCCGGAGGGUUGGCUCGAGAUCACAUAUGUUGAUGAUAACUUCAGGAUAGGAAGGGAUGACAAAGGCAACAUCUUCAUAUUAGAGAGAUCACAAAGAAAUUAAUGAACACUAAGGACAAGUUUGUUCUAUUAGGUUGAGAGAAACUCAAGUGUAGGACUAUUUCAUUGAUAUACAUUCCUAUAAAAUGCUCUAUCUUUUGUUAUUAUUA